AUACAAACGGUGGUUUUCAGAGAGGAGAGGAGAGGAGACAGGAGCUCUCUGAGCAGCUAUUCCUCUCCUGCAUGAUGGGGACAUGAUGGGGACGUGAUGGGGACAUGAUGGAGACAUGUGUCCGGUGAGGUCGGUGCAGUGACAGCAGCUGUUCUCUGACUGACAGACAGACAGGUGAGACGUGACGGACAGGUAAACCUAAUGGCCGGGGGAAUAACAACGGCGCCAGAGAAGAUGCUCUAACGUCAAGUGUUUCUUCUGGACUUUGUGUGGCUGAAGCAUGGGGCCGUGAUAGCCGCCGGUAAAGCCUGCGGACACACCGGGAGGUUUUUUUAGUCUGCGCUCCGUCCUCCUCCUCCGGUGGACACAACUGGAGAGGACUGGAGACACGGACGGAGACGCUUAUCUGUCGGCGGAGACAUGGCAGCGGCCAUCGCCAGCGGGUUGAUCCGGCAGAAGCGACAGGCGAGAGAGCAGCACGCCCACCGGCCGACCCCGCACCGGCGGCGGAAGAGCCCCGGUAAGAAGCCGGGGCUCUGCAACGGAAACCUGGUCGACAUCUUCUCUAAAGUCCGGAUCUUCGGCUUGAAGAAGAGGAGGCUACGGAGACAAGAACCACAGCUGAAGGGUAUAGUGACCAGGUUGUUCUGCAGGCAGGGCUUCUAUCUCCAGAUGGGCCAGGAUGGAAGUAUGGACGGGACCAAAGACGACAGCACCAACUCCUCUCUGUUUAACUUAAUUCCUGUGGGUCUGAGAGUCGUGGCCAUCCAAUCAGUCAAGACUGGCCUCUACAUCGCCAUGAACGGAGAGGGUCACCUCUACUCAUCGGAGCUGUUUACGGCCGAGUGUAAGUUUAAGGAGUCGGUGUUCGAGAACUACUACGUGAUCUACAGCUCUAUGCUCUACAGACAGAAGGAGUCGGGCCGGGCCUGGUUUCUGGGCCUCAAUAAAGAGGGACAGGCCAUGAAGGGCAACAGAGUCAAAAAGACCAAACCAGCUGCACACUUCCUGCCUAAACCUAUAGAAGUUGCGAUGUACCGAGAGCCUUCGUUGCACGAUGUAGGGGAGGCGGUGCCUAAAGUCGCCGGGGGCCCGCCUUCCAAAAGCACAACCAGCGAACCCGUGGUCAUGAACGGAGGCAAACCAGUCAACAAACCCGACAAGGCGGCGACAUAACCCCGCCCUCCCCCCUUUUUACCCUCCCCCGGCCGACCAGAGGCCCCGGGAAAAAACGCCAGAGACUCGCCCCACUGCUGCGCUCUCAAGAAAAAAAUAAACUGCAACAACAAAGGUAACCAAACAAACAACAGCUCAAGUUCUGACUGGUCAGCAGUGGGGCCGCACGCCCCGCCUCAACUCUCUCCCUAUUGGACGGCGUUGUGGGGCGGAGCCAGAGGGACAGAGCGCUGCGGCUGGUGGCGGGGGGAAGAGGAGGAUGAAGACCGUAAAAGUCGGGCCAAUGCCAGCCUGGGACAGUGGCAUGCCCUCACUUCUUGGGAGACAAAAUGACGUCUUCAAAAUAUAAACAAAACAAAACGGAAAAAAGUGGCGUCCUCACCGGUAUUUUUCUGUGACAAUCUGUAAGAAUGACGCCCCUUUUCCCCCAAACCUGAUAGUACUGUUUUCUGUUGCCAGGUAUGCUUGCUUGCUGGUGGCUACACACACACAUAUACACGCACUACUCCCACCCUGAAUCGACCACUUGGAAUUGAUCUUAAAUAAAGAACAGAUUAAAAAACAAACAUCAGGCAAAGAGAACGCUUUAAAUACCAAACACUGAUGAUUCAGAGGGUGCUUAGUCAUCGAUCAAUUAAGAGUUGGCGCAGGACGUUCUGUACUACUAUGAAAUGCACUUGAAAAUAACCUGUACCCUAAUUCUGAUCACAUACUAUAUAGCUGUUAAAAAGAGAGUUCUUAUUUGACGCCACAUAGCUUAAAAGCAUGUUUUGUCUUUUCAGUAUGCCUUUAUUAUUAUCUGUUUGUCAGGUGGUUUAUUAUUCUGCACACACACAGAGCACUAGUGAUUAUCGAGCUGCGUUGUUGUACGGACACAAAAUCGAUUUUUAGUGUCUAACGAGAUGUUUUUUUUCCCCGUCCCUUUUACGAAUGCUAUGAUUUCCACAUCGCUGACUCAAGUGUAGCUCAGCAGAGGAAAGAGUGAAGAGUUUUGGUUUUGAGUGUGUAGCUGAAACCAGCAUGAGUUCCCCAGUUUGUAGCAGCCCGGAGUGUACAGGAGGGAUGGUAGCAGUCAGUGUUUACAUGGAGUAGCAGAUAUUGUCGAGGGUUGAGCCUCAACAACGGUCAGAUGGCCUGGUAGUAGUACUUUUUCUUUCUGUUGCCUUCCCAAGUACUUGAAGUUAGAGGUAGUAAUGAGGGUAAUAAUGAACAGGGUAAAUUAUGUUAAAGCCACUAUGUGUACUAACUUUACUGCCCAGUGGUACUAGACCUACAGAUCUAACUUGUACCCGAGGAUCCAGCCGACUAGACUCUUGUCAGGCUAUUAAAUAGGCUUUAUCGCUAUAAGCACCAUAUAUAUGGGUCAAUAGGGGCCUACUACGCCCAAUACUAGGUUUUUAUCAACUAUUCACAUGGUAGAUCAUUGAAAGAAAGUAUAAAAAAAGACAACAGCGACCUUAGUAAUUAUGACAGGAGCAGAAGCGGAAGUCAGGCGCUGUAGUAUAGACAGCGAGAAACCCCAUAUGGUGCGGAGGUCAGGGGGCGAUGGAUAGAGGUUGGGGUUUGCAUACCGUGUGAAACCAACAAGGUGUAGUUGUCUAGUUAACGCGUUACAACAUGUUAGAACGUGUUGUAUUUAAGUUUCGCUUUCACUUUUACAACGUAGUAGGCGUAGGAGGCCCCUACUGACCCACAUCCAUGGUGCUUAUAGCGACCGAUAACGCCUAUUUAAUGGCCUGAUAACAGUUGAAUCGGGUGCAGCAUCACAGGUCUUAAUCUGCAAAUAAAUGGAGUAUUUAAUAUAAAUAUAAAUAUAAAUAUUUUUCGCUGUAGUAGAAAUAUAUAAAGUAGCAUAAAAAUAAAAAUACUAAAAUAAAAGUCCUUGAGUGAAUAUACAAGAUGUGGUUACUUUCCACCACUGGAUGCACAUCUGUGUGUCAGUAUUUCCGAGUGGAUCAGAGCACAUCUGAUCACACGCAUAUUAAUUGCAGGAGAAAAUGUUGUUUUUUUGACAAGACGGAGAGUGUGAAAUUACAUAAUUAAAUUUGCCUGCGCGGUGGCCUAUAAAAGAAGGUAAGGUCACUAAAAAAAAGUAUUAGAAAUGUGGCUUUCUGUCACCACCAAAAUAAAUAUCACACGCUGAUCAAACGAGUGAAAUAUGUGUGAAACGUGGAGAACUACAGGGCGGAAAAUCAAAUGCCUUGAAAAUGAAAUUAAACCAAAUAGAUUCGCAUGCUUUGCCCUCUCACUGUGACAGUCGACACGGCACCAAUCUGUUCAGGACUCGACUCCUGUUCGACACCCGGGCCUUCUGUUUACUCGUCUUUUCUUAUUAGACGGCAAGACCAGACGCCAAUUAACUCCUCAGAAAGUUACACCAGUGGUCCGUCACAUCACUGAGGAGACAUUAAUACUGUGAUCCCACACUUCACAUUAGCGUCAGAGACAAUGAGGCACACACACACACAUGAAUAUAUUCAGUAAGAAGCAGAAGCUGUGCAUCUCUCGUCGCAUUUUAAUCAGAUCCUUGAAACGCUGUCAAAUUUGCUGAAGAUGAAUGACCUCCACUGACGUUCCCCCAAACUACAAAGAAACAAGAAGACAGAGAAAAACAAGGCUGUAUGAUUAAUCCUCACAGUUCCGACAUGAAACAGCCUCAGCAACAGGUGUGUGUCUGCUGAAAAAACACAAGUGAAGCCCCUCUAACGUGUUUAGCGUUGUCGCGCUGUGUUGCUCCGUACAGAGGACACACUCCGCCACUGAAGAGACAGCUCACAGUGUUUCUAAUUGGCAUUUCUCACAUACACCACAUUUUUUUUUCUCUCUCCUCUGAUCUCAUUAGCUGCCUUUGUGCUCAAAUACGUGUGGCUGGCCAGCUCACAUUAUAUCAACUUAUCUAGUUUUAAUGUGCCCAUCUUGUUUUGAAAGAAAAAUAUCUGAGGAUACAAAAUGAAAAAGCCAGAAUGUGAUAGAAAUAUGUGUGAAAAAAAAAAAAAUAUGAGAGAUCAGAGUUUCGUAUUUUUUCUGUGUAAUCUUGAUGCUGAAAUGUAUUGCCGCUGUUGGAUGAUCAGAAAGUGUUAUUUUUGCUGGGUAGUACUGUGGAUUCUUGCUAUGUGAGUGCCUCUCAUCCUCAGCUGAGCUCCGAGCUCCGAGAUCCUGUAGAUUUAUGCUAAAUGCUCAGCCUCCCCGGGUUCCAGCGGCGGUUUAGCCAAGAUUUCCAAACUCCCAAAGUCGCUCGAUCUUAGCUCCUGUCUGAUGUUACUCGAAGAGCAAGAGGACAAACUCUUUUGACCGGUGUUGUGCUUGUCUCGCGUCAAAGAUAUGUGGAUGUAACAUAAUAUUGUCGUGUCACACUAGGGGUUACUAGUUAAAAAAAGAAUAAACCCUGACAAUCAGGUCUGUAAACUUCCUAUUUAUUUUAGUGUUGUCUCAGCUGCCUGUGUCUAUAAGAAGCCACUUUAAUUAUGAUGUUUUUGUUACUUGCCUGAGCAAACAUUAGAGACUUCGACUGCUAUUCGCUGAAUGAUUACGAAGCAGCGCACGCUGCUGGCAGAGGAAGACGAUCGACCAAACCUUCCUCCGCUCGGAGAGGCCCAGCUUGUUAGGUUAGAAAUAGGGCUCACAUCCUGUGAAAGCAGCUAUUGAAGAUCUGUGGCACAUGCUUGAGAAUUAAUGAUGGACGAAGCCAGAGGAAAAAAAAAAAAGGGGGCCUGGUUUCCUGGCUACUGACCAAAGACGCCGCUACAAUCGUGUUUCCAGGCUGGUAAUCACAGCUCCUGGUUCAAACAACGAAGGCGCAAUUACUGUCAGCGUCUCCUGAGAGCUUUUUUCUCUCCACUGGUGGUUCGCCAGGUACCAGGGCUACAAUUAUGAGAUAUCUAACAGCGGGCUGUGCGCAGGAAGAGAGCGGCUGAUUUAAUUAGAAGUGAGCAAUCACGACAGCCUGGGUCACUUUUAAUUUCCACAUACAAGCACCACUCGUGUUCUCGUGGCGGUGUACACAUGUAGCCAUCUUACUCCGUCCUGCAUGAGCUGCAGCUGGAAGGCACAAAAUGGACAUAAAAGGCUUUUGUGACCUGACCACUGCAGUCCAGGUGCACUUUAGAGACACAGGAACAUGUAAUGGUUUAGUUAGCACCGUACUCAUGAUGUAGCCGGGCUCCCUCAGGUUUUCUUUUUUUUUCCAUUUUCCACUUUACUCCUCUGACAAAAGACUGCCUUAUUACAUCUGAAUCUGAAACGAGACAGUAAAACGCGCUCUCACACACUCUCAUCCCACACACACACACUCCUCACCCUAUUUUACGUUUCAAUUAUCCUUUGAUCCCCAAUCUUCUGUUCACUGUAGCUACGCUAGCUUCCGCUCUCUGCUCGUUCUGUAAUCAUGCAGCCAGAGAACUUCCUCUUCUUUUCUCCUCCUCCUCCUCCUCUUCUCUGUUCGGACUGUUUUCCCACUUGUUGCAUGGUUUUUAAAAAGAGGAAAAAUGACUGGGGCUUAUGCAUGUGGUAAUUUAGGAACUGUGUUAUCGAAAACAAAACAAACAUUUACAGCGCGGCACCAGUAAAACUCUGCGUUCCGGCUCAUUCCUUGCCAUCGGUUUGCACUGGUAGAACCUUACAGAGAGUUUUUUUGAAGCGUAAUCCAUCAUUGCUAUAAUGGAGCAAAGGAAGAAUGGAUCCAAAUGACUUCAUAUCACUAACAUGGUUACACUAAUGCAUGUCUUGCGUGGAAUACUUUCAGCGGAGCAUCGAUAUUUAACUCUGGCGGGCUGAGAGCAGGAAAAUUAUAACACAAAAAAAACAGGAAUUGUUUGAUGUCCUUUGCUGCUUCUUUUAACAAUGAUGGAUUGAGCUCAGGAAGUUAUUUUAGACGCUGGUAGAUGUAGAAAUAGAUGGUGAUGCUGGGUUGUCUUCUUGUGACUUUUUAAGGUGGGCAAAAAAUAGUGUUACGCAAAUGACGGACAAAGAUUUUUUCCAUUAAAGUCAAAAGAAAGACGGAGCAGGUUUUCUUGCCGCUUAGUGCUGCCACCGGUGGUCAACAGCAUUUUUGAUUUUACAUGGUUUGUAUUGACUUCAAUGAAAGAAAUCAUGACCUGAUGCUGUUUUUUCCCGCCUUUGUAAUUCACUAAGAAGACUGUGUACCAUCCAGUUUGUAUGUUCAACAUUUAUUCCUGCGGCGGUGUGACUAAAAUAUCCAGGUUUUAUCCUUGAUAUGGAAGCUAGUGCACACGUAUAAUUACAUGUUCAGAUUUAAAAAGCGAGACUGUGAUUAAUUGCAGGGCGGAAGAACACAUUAAAUAUAAAGAUCUACCACAACCCCGCUGUGUCUUACUGAUGCAAACCGUGCUAGCUAUGAGCCAAAAGCAGAAAAGUCACUGGUGCUGACCCUUAAAGGAGAUUUCCUCUGUCUGUCAGUAAAUGUACAGUUACCUUUACAUACAUAUUAUGCAAACAGUUUGUCUGCACUGUACAGUUUGUGUCCAAUCCAUUGUAUACACACAGAAAAACAAUAUUGAAUAAAGGAUUUAUAGAAAGAAA